AUAUUAUGCGAAUAGUAAAAAUAUUUUGUAACAAAUAUUAAAUAAUUUAAUUGUUGAUUUAAUAAAACAUAAGCAUUAUUUUAUAUACAAUCAAAGAUUGUAAUUAUAUUUUAAAAAUUCACUAUUUGUGUAUUCAAGACUUCUUAACCUAAAUUUUAUGGAAAAAAACACUUUCCUUACAGUGUUUAUAGCUAUUUAAAAUAAUUAUUAAGCUUAUAAUGUGACAAAAUUUUAGUUAUUAUCAUUAACAUUAAAUUAGAUUAUUUAAAAAAACAUGAAAAAAUCAACUGACACUCAGGAAAAAUCACGACAGUCAUUAUCCGCAGUUAAAAAAGGACCUGUAAAAGGACUAAAAAAUGUUUUGGCAUCUCCACAAGAAUUUGUAUGGCCUAUAUUAAGAACAGAAAAGAAGAUAAAGGAAUUAGAAGCAAUAUUAAGAGAGUUAUUACCUCAAAAAAGAAACGAUUCUAAAUUAAGUUGGGCCCAAUUACGAGGUUUAUCGAAAGAUGAACGAAAAAUUCUUCGAAAAAGAAAUUCCCAUGCACAAACAAAUCCAGAAAAAGAUAAAAUAUUCAACUGUAUUAUUUUUGGAAUUAAUGCAGUAACUAAAGCAUUAGAAAAAGAAACUGUUUGUUCUAUUCUACUUGAUUCAUCGGUUGAUCCUCUCUUUAUAUUCAAACACAUUAUUAUUAUGGCACAGAACAAGGACAUUCCGGUAAUCAUAAUUCCUGCUUUAAAAACGUUGACCUUAGAAAAAAGAGGAUUUGCAUCAGCUGCAUUAGCUAUAAAGAAAAUAGCUAUUGAGAGUGAAAAUUCGUCACUUUUUUUGAAAUUGUCUACAAAAAUAUCUCAGUUAAUAGAAGAAUUUCCAAAAGCAUUGGGAAACCUUCAAAUAUUUGACGAUAAAAAUUCUGAAACUGUAUCUUUAAUGGAGGAAGAUAAUUCUGAUAUUGUCAAUGUUGAUGUAACUGAGGUGAAACCAUUUAUACUUGAACCUUCUAUCUACAAGUAUCGAAUAUCAUGCAAAGAAAGAGUAUUUUUGCCUUCAAAUUCAACACAAUCAUCCGAUAACAUAUCUUCCACAAUAGAAGAAAAAACGUCUGAAGAAUACAUAUCAUUCAACUCAGAGAAUAUUAUUAACAAAGAUAAUGUUGAUGUAAAAGUAUUGGCACGAAAAAGAUAUAUAGAUGAAUUACAGGAUGAGGAAGAGAGAGAACAUGAAGUCGAACAAAGUAUUGAUUCAACAGAAGAAUUUACAAAUAAUAACAUGGAUAAUACGACAGAUAUCAUUAAAAAUAAAGGAUUAAAAUCCAGGAAUGUUAACUUGAAAAAAUCAAGAAAGAGAAAAAUUCCUCAUAAUACUUAUAUGCCAUUGAAGGUGAAACAAAUUCGUAAAAAUCCAAACAGAGUGAAAGGCAAGAAAAAAAUUUUGUAAUGUUGAACUAACUGGCGACUUGAAUAAUUUUCCAAAAUACAUAAGUCCAGUAGUUCCUCCUGGAAUAUGACUCACCAAGAAAUAUAAUAAUGUUAUUAUUUGUAAAACUCCACAAAAUAUAGUCAGUGG